AUGCCUUCAGUCGUAAAAAACGAGGCCAUUGACAGGCUGCCUCAGGUCCCGGUCGAUGAGACAAUGGAUACCAUACCAACCUUGGAGGAGACUCGGAAAGCAAUCCAUUCAUUAUCUAGUGGCAAAGCUCCUUGUUUGGACUCCAUUCCAGCUGAAAUCUACAAAGAAGGUGGUAUGGCCCUGUGUAAGAAACUCCACCAGUUGUUUCAACAAAUUUGGCAACAUGAGACAGUGCCUCAGGACUUCAAAGAUGCCUCCAUCAUACAUUUAUACAAACGCAAAGGAAAUCGCCAAGCUUGUGACAAUCAUCGUGGAAUAUCUCUGUUGUCCAUCGCAGGCAAGAUCCUUGCUAGAGUCCUACUCCAUCGCCUCACCGUACACCUUGAGCAAGGCCUCCUACCUGAAAGCCAGUGUGGCUUCCGAAAAGCACGUGGCACUGUUGACAUGGUGUUUGCUGCUAGACAGCUACAAGAGAAGUGUCAGGAACAAAAUGCUGACCUCUACUCCACCUACGUCGAUCUUACCAAGGCUUUCGACACUGUUAGCAGAGAGGGUCUUUGGAGAAUCAUGGCAAAGUAUGGUUGCCCCAGAAAGUUCAUCGCCAUCGUACGACAGCUUCAUGAUGGCAUGCUGGCAAGAGUUCAGGACAACGGUGAGACCACUGACUCAUUCCAUGUCUCCAACGGAGUGAAACAAGGCUGUGUCCUUGCUCCCACCUUGUUCAGUCUCAUGUUCUCAGCCAUGCUGACUGAUGCCUUCAGCAAUACAAACAUGGGUAUUGGCAUCAGGUACAGGACUGAUGGCUCUGUCUUCAACCUUUAUAGGAAGCUUAAAGCAAAAACCAAAGUCUCAACUGACACUAUCACUGACUUCCUGUUUGCUGAUGAUUGUGCCCUCAAUGCUUCCACAGAGGUUGACAUGCAGCAUAGUGUUGACAAGUUCUCUGAGACCUGCAACAACUUCGGCCUUACCAUCAGCCCAAAGAAGACUGAAGUAUUACAUCAACCAGCUCCAGGAAAGCCUUGCGUUGAACCUUACAUCACAAUAAGCGGACAACGUCUAAAUGUGGUGGACAAGUUCACAUACCUCGGCAGCACACUCUCAAGAAACGUUGUCAUUAACGAUGAAGUCAAUGCCAGACUUGCUAAGGCAAGCGCUGCCUUCGGCAGACUAUACAACAUCAAGGUGUACAGGGCCAUGGUUCUUACCACAUUGCUGUACGGCUGUGAAACACGGACAGUAUAUCGGCGCCAUGCCAGGAAGUUGAACCAUUUCCACACCACCUGUCUGAGAAAACUUCUUGGCAUCAAGUGGCAAUACAGGAUACCAGACACAGGUCCUCACUCAUGCAAACCUACCCAGCAUUUACACCGUCCUGAUCAGUCUCAGCUCCGGUGGGCAGGACAUGUUGCUCGCAUGCCGGACGAACGUCUUCCAAAGAAACCUCUGUUUGGCGAGCUCCAGGAAGGAAGACGCUCUCAUGGAGGCCCAAAGAAGCGCUUUAAAGACACACUAAAAGAAUCACUUAAGUCUAUUAACAUCAACCAUGACACAUGGGAACAGAAAGCCCAAGACAGUGGAGCAUGGCGAACAGCUGUACAUAAGGGUGCUGAAGCAUGUGAGGCCAAUAGGACCGUCGUGGCCGUAGCCCGCAGGCAGGCCAGGAAGGCAAGGACUGCCAACCCUGUAGCAGCAGCCAAUAUUCCCUGUCCACACUACCAGAGACUAUUUAGGGCACAGAUUGGCCUGACUAGCCAUCUGCGGACCCAUCAAGCUAAUGAUUAA